AUGAAGAUCUCCGGCGAAGUGGGUAGUAUCAUCUGCCAGGAAGAUCUCAAGAUCGAGGCCUAUACCGAACAACUAGUCUCCAUGUUCAAUGCCAUUGUCUCCCGCGAUGCUCAAUCGCCCCAUGGAAAGUUCUACUUCGUCGCAAAGCGCCUUCAAGAGCGGUUCGCUCACAUCAAAGAGGGUGCUGCUGGCGAGCAACAAACGGAUCCCGAAUACGACUCCACCCGAAACAACAGUCAAACUUCCCGACCCUCCACGCGCCAAUCACCUCCCAACCAAACCCCGCUUCACCUUCUCUCGGAAGUCGCAAUGGGUAGCAGCAACAACGUCGCUUCUCAGCAACAGCAGCAGCAGCAGACGCAAGCGCAGGCACAGGCGCAAUCUCGUUCUCAACAACAAGCUCAGGCCGCUUUACAGGCCCACGCGCAGCAUUCUCAGCAAGCUAUGCCAAACUGGUAUCCUAACAUGAACGCGCAGCCUACUCCAGAUAUGAUGGGUCUUGGUGCACAACAACCAUUCGAUAUCAACUUCGAUUUCACCCAAUUCGAUCUAGGCACAGGCUCGGACGCAGAUCUGUCAGCACUGUUCAUCCCGGACUCAAUGGCAAUGUGGGGUUACCCUGCCGAUCCCAACAUGCAGGGUGGUUACAACGGAUACUGA